UUUUUCUCGAGAGCGGAAUGGACCAGACAUCUGCUUCUGCUAUUUUUCCUUACCUGAGAUCCUGCAAAGAAGAGUGUAGCACACCGAUUUCAGGCGAAUCCACAGGCGAAAUACCCGGAUGGCUCAAAGGAAACCUGGUACGGAUAGGAUCUGGUCUUUUAGAAGUAGGCCCUGACAAGUACAACCACGUCUUUGAUGGCUUAGCUCUGAUGCAUCGUUUUGAAUUUCAAGACGGCCAGGUGAAGUACCAAAGUCGGUUUCUCAGAAGCGAUGCGUACAAGAGAAAUAUGAAAGCGAAUCGAAUCGUUACCUCAGAAUUUGGAACUCGAGCUGUUCCGGAUCCUUGCAAAACUAUCUUCCAACGAUUUGCAAGUCUGUUUAACAUAGACGAACUGACGGAUAAUGACCUAGUGAAUAUUGUUUUGUACGGAGGUGAAGCAUACGCAUGCUCAGAGACAAAUAACGUAUGGAAAAUUGAUCCUGAGAAUUUGGAGUCCAUCCAAAAGGUUAAUUUAAGAAAUUUUGUUCCAGUAAAUGCAGCCCUUGCGCAUGCGCACCAAGAUACAGAUGGAACAGUGUACAAUAUCGGCAGUGCUAUUGGUUUAAAGCCAACAUACAGCAUCUUAAAAUUCCCCCCAAAAGAAAAUUCAUCUCAUAGUCCCUUUGAAAAAGGAACAGUUGUUUGCAACAUUAAGUCAUCCAAGUAUCUUAAUGCAAGCUAUCAUCACAGCUUCGGCAUGACGGAAAAUUACUUCGUUUUUGUUGAACAGCCCCUUUAUCUUUCUCUAUCUGGUAUGGUGUGGUCCCAUUUCAUUUCCGGCUCGUACAGUGAAGCUAUGCACUGGGAUCCGAAAGGACAGACACGAUUCCAUGUUGUACGCAGGUCUGACGGAUGCCUACUGGACACUGUGUACAUCACUUCAGCCUUUUUCGUAUUUCACCAUAUCAAUGCGUAUGAAGAAGGCAAUCAGUUAGUUGUCGACAUGUGCUGUUACGAGGACGGCCUGGUGGUAAAAUCCAUGUAUAUUAAAGCACUUGAAGAGAUGUUCAGCAGCCCAAAGCAGAUUCCUGCUGUGUUUAAGUCGAAAGCAUACAGAUACGUUCUUCCGUUAGAUGUUUCUGUGGAGAAAGAGAAUGAAGGUCAGAACUUGGUGACUUUGGAAAAGUCAGAUGCAUGUGCUUAUCAUCAGUCGGAUGGAAGUAUUUUUGUGACAAGAGAAAUUUUAACAGGAAAAAAUUAUUGGUCUCCAGAGCUUCCGAGAAUAAACUAUGAAAAACAUAAUGGAAGAAAAUACAAAUAUUUUUAUGCAAUGGGAAAAGACGAUGUACUUGAUUGUGCUCAAGUGAUCAAAGUAAACACAGAAAACAAAACAGUAGUUUCUUGGAGUGAAGUUGGCACCAUUCCGUCAGAGCCAGUUUUUAUUUUGAAGCCAAAUAGCACAGAAGAGGAUUCUGGAGUGGUUUUGGCAACAUUGUUAUACAUAGACGACGAGACAAAAGUAUCAUUGAUUAUCUUGGACGCAAAGACGAUGAAGGAAUUGGCAAGAGUUACAUUUAAAACAAAUUCUUCUGUUCCUGCGGAUUUUCAUGGAAUUUUUAUACCCAAACAAUAACUUUUUUAGAAACUAAGAUUGCUAUUACCUUCAAAUUUGCACUACAGAUCUGAUCAAAGAGUUUUAUGUGAUGUGAUUGCGUUAUACUGUUGCACCAGAGUUAUAUGCAUUUAUAUCGACCAGUUUUGUAAAUGUUUAGCGAAAAAUGCAAUUUUCAAUCUU